AUGACUGGCAAGGUGGUGCACUAUGUCGGGUCCAACCAUGUUUCAUUUGGCCAAUUGGGAUGGGAGGCAACAAGAAAUUCUUCCGGUGUACAUGUAGUGGAAAUUUUUUUUGCAGGAAAGGCGGGCGCCGGCAAGGGUCGUUCGCCAACACCAACCGCCGCCAGGAGUGGGGAGCCGAGUGGCGCGGCAGGAGGAGGAGCUGGGGGCGGCGGAGGAGGAGGAGGAGGUGCAGCGGCAUCCACAGCAACAGCAGGAACAGGAACAGGGACGGCAGGAGGCAAUGGCAAUGGCAGCGUCGGUAGAUCCACACUACAUGCCAACAAAACGAUACUGAAAACGGUAUCCGUGUUCCUCGCCAGCGGCAAGCGCAACUCGAGCAACCAACAGUCGAAGGACAAAGCUCUGCAAAACAAACGGCAACAGCGGCAACGGAGGAUGGACGAGCUGAGCGGCAAAAUAAAUCCCAAACUGCUGGAAAGUCUCCGUAAAAAGACCCGCUUCACCAAGGACGAGCUGGAUGCCCUUUGCAGGAUCUACCGGAAACUGGUCUCCAACUGCCAGUACGCGGCCAAGACUCUGGCCUCCAGUUCAUCCAGUGCGGCCAUCGCGAAGCCCCAUGCCGCCGUAGAGGGCAUCGAUCGGAUUGUUUUUAGAGAGCUCCUGCACAGCACUUUCGACAUCGUAACGGAGGAGAUCCUCAUGGAGCGGAUCUUCUGCAGCUGGGACAAGGCCCACGAGGGCCUGCCCCUUCGCCUGGAGGGCUGGCUCAUCGGCCUCUCCACCUUCCUGCGUGGCACUCCGGCGGAGAAGGCCGCCUUCUGCUUCCGAGUCUACGAUCUGAACACCGACGGCUUCAUCACCAAGGACGAGAUGUUCACGCUGCUCCGCAACUGUUUGAUCAAGCAGCCGCAGGACGAGGAUCCCGACGAGGGUGUCAAGGACCUGGUGGAGAUAGUCCUCAAAAAGUUCGAUCUGGACAAGGAUGGCAAGGUGUCCCUGGAGGACUUUAUGGGCACUGUGACGGCGGAGCCGCUUCUGAUCGAGGCUUUCGGGCAGUGCCUGCCCACGGACAGUGCUGUGGUGUCCUUUUUCUCCACGCUCCAGGUCUAGGAUUCUAACUACCCUUAUUUAUAUCCCAAUAUAUGUUAACUUGUUUAUUCAUUAAACAAAAAAUGUGAAGAAAUUCUAAUAAA